AUGAUCGUCCCUAUGGCAGCGUACGCGCAGUUCGGCUACUCAUACCCGCCACCUUCGCAGUUGCUGGUCGGCAGUAGCGGGGCGGGAAACGGUGGAGCGGCAACAUCACCAGACGGUGGUUCCAGUUCCGCUCCACCUCUAUCGCCGGGUGGUUCUGGCGUCGUCGGGGGUGCUCUAUCACCGGGAGCUGGCAGUCACGCCAGCACCCCUGCCGCAUCUUGUUGCGACACUCCCCGGCCGAUCAUCACCGACCCGGUCUCAGGUCAAACAGUCUGUUCCUGCCAGUACGAUGGUGCCCGGCUCGCCCUUUCAUCGUACCCUCGACUGUCCAGUGCUGCGGUUGGUGUAUACGGUGCCCCAUAUCCAUCAACAGACCAAAAUCCUUAUCCAAGUAUCGGCGUUGAUAGCUCAGCAUUCUACUCUCCAUUGAGUAACCCCUACGCGCUGAAGGAAGGUGGCGGCGAAAUGUCUGCGUGGACAUCAGCGGGCCUCCAACCCUCCAGCGGCUACUAUCCAUACGACCCUACAUUAGCCGCCUACGGAUAUGGCGCUGGUUACGAUUUAGCAGCGCGACGGAAGAACGCGACGCGGGAGUCCACAGCUACCCUCAAAGCGUGGCUGAACGAACACAAGAAGAACCCCUAUCCGACGAAGGGCGAGAAGAUAAUGCUAGCAAUCAUAACCAAAAUGACACUGACGCAAGUGUCGACGUGGUUUGCAAACGCGAGGAGGCGGCUCAAGAAAGAGAACAAAAUGACAUGGGAGCCGAAGAACAAGACGGACGACGACGACGACGCGAUGCUCUCGGACGAGGAGAAGGAGCAGGAUGACAAAAUUAAAAAUAACAAAGAUGAGGAGCGGAAGGACGAUCUGCUGCAGGGCAUGCACAAUCAGCUGCUCGGGUACGGAAUAAAGGAGGAGGCGAAGCGGGGAGCGUCCGAAUGCGGGGUGCCGAUCCCGGCUUCGAAGCCGAAGAUUUGGUCGUUAGCGGAUACGGCGGCUUGCAAGACACCUCCUCCUGCAGCUCAACCUUGGCCACAGCAUGGGUACGGUCCUGAGCGACCUGCUCCUGCCGACGGUAGCUCGAAUGGCUUCGCGCUCCCCGCAACGGCAGCCGCAAGCCCAGCGAGCGGGGCGUAUGGCCGGUACGGCGGGUUUCCUGGACAAUACAGCGGCCAGCACCCGUGUAUACACCCAGCGGCGUUCCCAGACGUCCAAACAGAUACACCGCCCCAAACACCUCCUAACAUGAAGGUGCAUAGCGUCGCCAAUCCUCUUGGCAGCGGCGGGUCUGGUUACUGCUUCCCCCGGCACCAACAGUCGCCGCAGCGCGACCCCUACCACAAUCCCCAUCACGCCAACAACCACCAGCCUAACCAGCACCACAACGAGGGAUCGGCUGCCUUCAAGCCAUUUUACAAAAGAUAA